AUGGGCAAAGUGCAUGGUUCCCUUGCCCGGGCUGGGAAGGUCAAGUCGCAGACACCCAAGGUUGAAGCCCAAGAGAAGCCCAAGUCACCCAAGGACCGUGCGCACAAGCGAGAGCUGUACACCCGGCGCUUCGUCAACAUCACCGUCACCGGUGGCAAGCGGAGGAUGAACGCGAAUCCGACGGCCUAG